UCUUAAAUCCGUCGAAUAAAUAUUCCCUCCACUCUGUAAAUCAUCAAAGCCCUCAACAUGUCUCUACAUCAACUCCAAGAAUAUUCUUUCUCCGCUAAUUUUCAGAAUUACUCAAUUCCUUAUAUAUUCCAGCAAUGAUAAGAUCAUCACGUUUCCUCUCUAUCUUCUUGCACAUUAUUCCUGUAAUAAUCCCACUAGUAAGUAUUUUCUUUAAGUUUCUUUUCGAUAAGAACCUUGUACAAAUAACUGUAUAAUUGACAUUGAUACGUUCAAAUUGUUGUAGAAAAUAAGAGAGGUAAAUAAAGUGAAUAUUAAAUACAUGUAUUUUUAUAUAUUACUAUUAAAAUCCUUGCAACGUGACUUUCUUAGAUCAGAAACUAGAGUCUUGGGGGUGUUAAUUAAUUAAUACCAAUUUGGGAAACCGAAACUUCUUAUAGGUUAAAAUAUUAGUAAUUAGAAUCUGUCCCUGUCUAAUUCUAGAAAAGAAAGCACAUAAUAAAUACAAAGUGAAGAGCAUGUAGUUCUUUGCUUCCAUAUCAACUAUAUAUAUUGCCUCUUCUUCUUCCUCCUCUUUUCACUCCAUUUCUCUCUGAUAGUAUUUUUCAUUAGAGUUUCAAGAAAAUGAAGAAUGAACAACAGCAUCAAUUCACUACUACAAAAAUAUUCAGUAUUUCUCAAAGGUACCUUCAUAAUCUUGUUGUCUAUUUUAUUUUCUUCGGGUCCGGUCUAGUCAUUGGUAUAUCACUAAGUUUUUAUCUCAAAGAUCUUCCUAACACAUUACAAAACAAAUUAUUCUUUCCUCAAACCCAGCCACCACCACCACCCCCUCCUACACCAAUAGCGCCACCACCUCCUCCUCAGCCUCAACAACAUAUUCCAUUUGUUUUAAGUGAAUAUAAUUUGCUAAACAAUGAGACCAAAAGUGUAGGUCAUAUUAGAAUUGGGUUACAAGAUUUUCUUAAGGCACCAAAAUGUAAACAUGAUAUGAGAGAUGAAGAGUUGAUUUGGAGGGCUUCGAUGGUGCCACGUGUACGGGAUUUGCCGUUUAAGAGAACCCCAAAGAUUGCUUUUAUGUUUCUUGCAAGAGGAAGUUUGCCAUUGGCUCCAUUAUGGGAAAGAUUUUUUGAAGGACAUGAAGGACUCUAUUCGAUUUACAUUCAUUCUCAACCUUCCUUCAAUGGUACUGCUCCAGGGGAAGGACCAAUAUUUCAUGGCCGAAGAGUACCAAGUAAGCGAGUAGAAUGGGGAAAAUUUAACAUGGUGGAAGCAGAACGACGAUUACUCGCAAACGCAUUACUGGACUUGUCAAACGAGCGUUUCGUGCUCCUUUCAGAGUCUUGCAUUCCUCUAUAUAACUUCACCACAAUCUACAACUACAUCAUGAACUCUGCGAAAACCUUCAUGGAGUCUUACGACCUAUUGAGUCCCGUGGGACGAGGCCGUUACAACAAGCGAAUGCGACCAUGGGUCACCCUCGCCCAAUGGCGAAAGGGGUCCCAAUGGUUCGAGGUCGAUCGGGAGAUCGCUAUCGACAUAGUCUCCGAUCAAAAAUAUUUUCAUUUAUUCAAGAGAUUUUGCAAGCCCGCAUGUUACUCGGACGAGCAUUAUUUGCCAACAUUUGUGACAAUGAGAUAUUGGUGGAAAAAUGGAAAUAGAACGUUGACUUGGGUUGACUGGGCCAAAGGUGGGCCUCAUCCAACAAAAUUUGUUCGGCCCCAAGUGACAGCCGAUUUGCUUAAUCAAAUGAGAAAUGGGACCAAAUGUGAGUAUAAUGGGGAGCCUACUAACAUGUGUUACUUGUUUGCUAGGAAGUUUUUGCCGAGUACUUUAGAUAGGCUUUUGCGGCUUGCUCCUAAAAUCAUGAAAUUCGGCUGAUUUGAUAUUUGUAUUUGUUGUAUAUUAUCACACUAGUUUUUUUUGUUUGAUUGACUUUUUUUGUUAAAUCAUUUCUAGUUGCUGCCUCGUGUUCAACAGGACUGACAAUACGUCGUAUUCUCUUCUAGUUAUUUGUGUUACAAAUGAAUAGGUUGUUUGUUGUCAAUGGUGAGAACUGAGAAGUAAACAAAAAAUAGAAAUAAAAUUAAAUUAU